GGCAAAGCCCGAUACACAAAUUUUACGAACAGGCCGAGCCCUCAGUACAUCAAUUGGCCAUCAAAUGACAAUGGCUAUAAAUGGAACCCUCAAAAUAACACAAGGGAAACAUUUCUUGAACUCCCUUCAGAAACUAGAAAUUGCAAAAUUGAAGCUCUCAGAAUAGCUUCCUCCCCAAGCCAUAUGGUUCAAGUGUUGAAAUCUCAGCAAUUUCAGCUUAAUCAAGCUGACAAGCAGCAGCAGCACGCCAGAACCACAACACAAGAUCCAUCACAUUUCGUUUUUACCGUACAAGAAGCUAUGCACGAGCACGAGAAAGCAAGAGAGUUUAAUAACCCUGCUUGCACCGUUAUAUUUGGUAUCUCACAACAAUUACCAUCGCAUGAAGCUCAGCACGUUGGAUCUCGACUAGAGGUGCCAAAGGAGGGUACGGAGCCUGUAACAAUCAAGCCUGAAUAA